GUGAGACCCGAGUCGAUUUCCUCACCUUUUGACCAGGAUCAGUGCUUGCUUUUGGUGAUCGCAUGAGUCAGGCAGCGUCGACUGAUGGCAAGGCUGACUGAUUGACGGUGUCGCUUAUCAAAUACGCGGUACAGAUCUAUGAUUAACUCUUGAGUAAUUGUGACUCGGACUACUUUGGGACUCGUUUGUCUCUGACUUCCUUUUCUUCCACCCGCCUCCCGCCCGAUCGACUUUUUCUUUCUUCAUUACCAUCUCUCAUCCAUACGGACCAUCAACAUGGCGACCAAUGCGGAUAACCAGAAGCUCUCUGCCGAAGAAAAGGCAGCCAGGAAGAAGGCCAAGAAGGAGCGCAAGUUGGCUGAAAAGAAGGAACAAAAAGAACUCCGCAAAAAUGACCCUGAGGCAGCUGCAGCUGCCCAAGAAGCUAAGAAACCAAUAAACCUAUUCCAGGAGAUCGGCGAGUCGAUGACCGAGCAACUACGCGCCCCGACGAGAAUGUCGGUUGCCGUAGACAGCCUCGAUUUGAUGGACAGGUUACGCCUGAUGUCCAAGGCUGCUGAUGGCGUUACCCCUGGUGAGAAGCUGCCAACUGCAGCUUCCAAGACUAAGACAACUACCGGAAAAGCCGCCACCUCCGAUGCGAGUAGCAAUGCCUCGACCCUCGUUAACGAGCAGCAGCAGCAGCACCUGAAGUCCCCGGACUAUUCAGACUUUUCAGUCAAACGGAAGCCCGUACCUCGUACGUCGACCAGCCAGUCGAAUCUGUCAGAGGCCUCUGACGAAUCAGCAUCGUCCAACGCAUCAACCGAGUCUGAAGUGAACCGAAUGAUGGAUAAGAAGUAUCGGACCACUGGGUUGAUUUUCACGCUAGAAGACUUUGCAGCCAUGAAGGCACUGGAAGUCCUCUUCGUCCGGUAUGGUCGUGUCUCGCACAUGGGUAUCCUCGACAAGAGCUACAGCUUCUUCAUCAACAAAGCCCAUACAGCAGCGUUAUAUUUCAAAGUGCGCAAUAAAAUCGCCAUUGUCGCUGGUGACCCACUCUGCCCACCACAGCAUUACUCGAGCCUGCUGGCCGAGUUCCGCAAAUACAGAAAGGCAUUUGGCUGGGGAAUCUCGUUCAUGGGCGCCAGCGACACAUUCGCCGCCUACGCGCGGGAGAAAGAAUGGGCAACCAUCCAAUUCGGCACUGAGCGAGUUCUCAACCCCCUAACCAACCCGGUGCUCCACGAGCAGACCGGCAAGCGAAUCAUUGUCCAGAACAAACAACUCCUCCACCCGACUAAAGGCGGCAACACGCUCGGCAUCUACAUCCCCUCUCAAGGCGAAGACCCAGUACUCCAGCGCGAACUCGUCGGCAUCUACGAUGCAUGGCGCUCGGAACGCAACAACUCCGGCGAAACCCAAGCCUUCAUCACCGUCUACGACCCCUUCUCCCUACCCCAACUCAUGACAUACAUCUACACACGCGGGCCCGACGGUGCCGCCAACGGGUUCGCCGCACUUCGCAAAAUCGGCGCCAACCACGGCUACCACAUUGACCCGUGCAUUGCCACGCCGAACGCACCGAAAGGAAUCUCCGACCUACUCAUAUUCUCCUCCAUGGCCCUCCUCAACCAAGUCGGCAUCGACUAUCUCUCCUUUGGCUUUGAGCCAUGCGAAGAACUCGGCAAGAUCUCGGGCUUGUCGAAGCCGAUCGAGGGCAUUACACGCAAAAUCUACCGACACACAUUCCCUCGUCUCCCAAUCACAGGCAAGAAAGCCUACCACGACAAAUUCCGACCAGACGAGAACCAAGGCUCCGGUCUGCACCUGAUUUUCCCAUCUGGAAGCCCCGGGCCCAAGGAUAUGGCGGCGAUGGCGCACAUGGCGAAUAUCUCGAUUCGGAAGGUGAUUCUAUCAGACCUAAAAAAUAGAUUGUUCCCGAAAAAGUCGUCGGCGAAUCUGAGGAGCUCAGAGGAGACUCCUCCGAAUCCGCCUGCGAAUCCUGCGGUGGCGGCGGAAAUAUAGCAUGGAUCGGUCUGGUUUGGUUAUAGAUUGCAUAAUGAUAUCCCUCGCUAAUAUGUUCCUUUCUUCAUUUUUGUUGAUACACAUUCAGUUAUUCCAGCAGUGGCGCUAUCGGAGUCUCAUGUUCAAUAUGUUGCAUGAUGGUUGAAUAUAUACUAAUAAUCAAUUUGCUAUUAGCGCUAGCAUAAUAACACCAAUCAUUGA